UGUGUUGCCCUCUGGGCUGAAAGGAAGACACUGUUGGGGGGGGGGGCAGGCCUCACCCGUUCCUGGUGACGAGGACCCGCUGUGUGCCGGGCACCGUGCCUCGCCCCGUGAGCCGGGCCGCCGGAACCAGACUAGCGGCAGCUGACUUUAUUGAGCACUUACUAUGUGCCGGCCUCUGCUCUGUAGCUGCCCGCUCACCACCCUUCGGAGGCCUUGCCCUUCUAGUCCCGUUUUUGCAGAAAAGGACACUGACAUUCAGAGGAAAGAAGUCGCUUGCCAGGGCAUGCUGUGGGUUCAGUGGCAGAGUCAGGAUUGGAGCUGAAUGUGGCUCAUUCUUCCAGAACGUUAGAGGGCACGGGUCUCUGUGGCUCUCGCCCUUGAGUUUUAGGACCAAGGAGUUAUAGAGAGGUAUUGGACUCUUGAGCCCCAGCCACACAAUCGGGGACCCCCCAAGAUGACAGGCCCAUGUUCCUGGGCCACGGUUUCUGUGCAGCCGGCGGUCGUGGGGUGCCCCCCCCCCCCGCAUUUCCGGGGCUUUUCCAGCAUGGACAGAGCCUCCUUGUUCUCCGAUGCCACAGCUGCAGGCCCCUGGGGGCUCCCCCACCUGCUCCAGAGAAGCUAGUCUCAGGGCCAGGAGAGGGACCCCUUGCCACCGCCUGCGUCGGGGUUACGAUGGGCUGCGCCCCUGGGUGUGCUGGGGGGGGGGGCCUGUGACAGGCAGUGGGAGGCCAGGCAGGAGUUGCAGGUGGGCAGAGUGAGGGGAACCCGAAGUCUGGGGAGAGGCGUGGGUGCAAAGGGCCAUUCCAGAAACUCCAGAGCCCUUUGCUGCAGGCCCUACGACGGGGUGACGUGACAGCUGUCCCUGGGGUGUGGCUUCGGGCAGCUGAGGCCUCAAGUCCUCCUGGUGUCCGCGGCAGCCUUCGCCGGCGGUGUUUUAUGGGGGUAGGAAUUGUGUUUGGGGCUAGUAAACUUCAGGCCUUCAGUAGGAGCCCCAAACGUGACCCAGCAACCCAGGCACCGCCGUUGGAGAGCCGGGGCUCCCAUGGGGUGACAAGCGGAUCUGGGAGACGGUCUGGGUGCCCCUCCGGUUUGGGCCCCCACCCCAGUGGGCCUGCUGGUGGGUCAGGGCCGCUUAGUAGAAUUGGUGACCCAUAGAGACCAGGGCUCAGACCUUUAGGGCCAAGGAGUUGUAGGUAUGUAGAGAAUUCUGGAGCCCCAGACUCAUUAUCAGAGACACCCCAAGAUGACAGACUCACGCUGUGAGAGUGUCCCAGAGCUUGAGAACGCAGAGCCACAGAACAGGGAGGACAGGGGUCAGAGGGAGGCAGGGACUGUGGCACUCUGGGGUCCCCUCACCCCAAGGCUGGGAUUCUAACUGCUCCCAUGCUGCUGGUCUCACAACCUCCAGGGCUCAGGGGUCAGCGGACAGUAGCCCUGUCCUUGCAGGGGAGGCGGCCAGGCUCUCCAGGUUUUUCUGGAUCCACUGAUCCCAGAGAUGGGGGUUUUAAAAAUAAAGCCGCCCGAGUUUUCCCUAGGGGAAACUAAUUAAAAAAAAAAUGUCUUUAAAGCACCGUCCAGAUGAAGCAAGAUCCCACAGCCUCUCCUGACCCGGAGCCUGGUGCCGUGGAGGGUCCAAGCCACUGUGUAACAGUUGUGAGACCUCGGUUUCCUCCUCUGUAAAGUGGGAAUGACAAUGACACUGGCUGCUAAGGUUGUGCCAAGGAUUCAGUGAGUUACCGUGACAAGUGCACAGGCCCAGCCCACAUAGGAGCCAGGACUCUGUUUUCACCUUGCCCCAGGCCACCCGUCCCUCCCCCGCCAGGCUGCCUCCCAGGGGGCGCGCCCUCUACGCCACCAGAGCCUCCACGUGUCCCCUGCGGGCUCCCGAUGUGCCGCCCCGCCUUGGGACAGCCCUGAGGAUGUUGGAAGGCAGGGAAAUGUUCACCCCUUGGGGCCCUGGAGGAGGAGCAGGCGGAGGAGGCAGAGCUGGGAGGGCAGGCCUAGCCAGUGCCUGGUACAUAGUAGGUGCUCCAUAAAUGUUUUUGAAUGAAUGAAUGGAGGCCAUGCAGGCAGAGGCAGCCGCGCGUGCGCAGGCACUGGUGAAAAGCGGGUCCAGUGGAGACUGGAGCCAGGUGACAGAUGGGUCCUUUCCUUCCUGCCCCGUCUCUCGAGCUCCCUCCUCAGAGGCUCACUCUCCAGCCUCCCAUGGGAAUCGUGGGAAUCGUCUGAAGUUCUGAGCCCGGAACCCGAGGAGGAGGAGGAGGAGGAAGAGGAGGAGGAGGAGGGAGAGGAAGUCGAGUCCUGAGAACCUGUGCACCUUCCCGGAAACAGGCGGAGGGGGCGCGUCCCGGCCCGGUCACGGCGCCCGGCGCCUGCUGGUAGUACCCCCGGCGGAAACUCCCGCGGUUGGCACGGGCCGCGUCUGCUUCGCCCGGGGCCCCCCGCGCUGGGGGUCGCCCCCAAGAUGGUGGCGGCCCCGGGGAGGACUGUGCCGCCAGCCCCAGCCUCCCGCUGCUAGGUCCCCCGCGCCCCGGCCCCUCCCCCCCGAGCCCGGCCUUCCAGGGGGGCCGCGGCCGGCGCCAUGCUGCGCCUGGGGCUGUGCGCCGCCGCGCUGCUGUGCGUGUGCCGGCCGGGCGCCGUGCGCGCCGACUGCUGGCUCAUCGAGGGCGACAAGGGGUACGUGUGGCUGGCCAUCUGCAGCCAGAACCAGCCGCCCUACGAGACCAUCCCGCAGCACAUCAACAGCACCGUGCACGACCUGCGGCUCAACGAGAACAAGCUCAAGGCCGUGCUCUACUCGUCGCUGAACCGCUUCGGGAACCUCACCGACCUCAACCUCACCAAGAACGAGAUCUCCUACAUCGAGGACGGCGCCUUCCUGGGCCAGUCGAGUCUGCAGGUGCUGCAGCUCGGCUACAACAAGCUCAGCAACCUGACCGAGGGCAUGCUGCGCGGCAUGGGCCGCCUGCAGUUCCUGUUCGUGCAGCACAACCUCAUCGAGGUGGUGACGCCCGCCGCCUUCUCCGAGUGCCCGAGCCUCAUCAGCAUCGACCUGUCCUCCAACCGCCUCAGCCGCCUGGACGGCGCCACCUUCGCCAGCCUGGCCAGCCUCAUGGUGUGCGAGCUGGCCGGCAACCCCUUCAACUGCGAGUGCGACCUCUUCGGCUUCCUCGCCUGGCUGGUGGUCUUCAACAACGUCACCAAGAACUACGACCGCCUGCAGUGCGAGUCGCCGCGCGAGUUCGCCGGCUACCCGCUGCUGGUGCCCCGGCCCUACCACAGCCUCAACGCCAUCACCGUGCUCCAGGCCAAGUGCCGCAACGGCUCGCUGCCCGCCCGGCCCGCGAGCCACCCCACGCCCUACUCCACCGACGCCCAGCGGGAGCCGGACGAGAACUCGGGCUUCAACCCCGACGAGAUCCUGUCGGUGGAGCCGCCGGCCUCGUCCACCACGGAUGCGUCUGCGGGGCCGGCCAUCAAGCUGCACCACGUGGCCUUCACGUCGGCCACGCUGGUGGUCACCAUCCCGCACCCCUACAGCAAGAUGUACGUCCUGGUCCAGUACAACAACAGCUACUUCUCCGACGUCAUGACGCUCAAGAACAAGAAGGAGAUCGUGACGCUCGACAAGCUGCGCGCGCACACCGAGUACACGUUCUGCGUGACCUCGCUGCGCAACAGCCGCCGCUUCAACCACACCUGCCUGACCUUCGCCACGCGGGACCCCGUCCCCGGCGACCUGGCGCCCAGCACCUCCACCACCACCCACUACAUCAUGACCAUCCUGGGCUGCCUCUUCGGCAUGGUCAUCGUGCUGGGCGCCGUCUACUACUGCCUGCGCAAACGGCGCAUGCAGGAGGAGAAGCAGAAGUCCGUCAAGGUCAAGAAGACCAUCCUGGAGAUGCGCUACGGGGCCGACGUGGACGCCGGCUCCGUGGUCCACGCCGCCCAGAAGCUGGGCGAGCCCCCCGUGCUGCCCGUGCCCUGCAUGCCUGCCAUCCCCUCCGUGAUCGGGGAGAAGCUUCCCGCCCCCAAGGGGCUGGAGGCCGGGCUGGACACGCCCAAGGUGGCCACCAAGGGCAACUACAUCGAGGUGCGCACCGGCGCGGGCGGGGACGGCCUGGCCCGGCCCGAGGAUGACCUCCCGGACCUGGAGAACGGCCAGGGCUCGGCCGCCGAGAUCUCCACCAUCGCCAAGGAGGUGGACAAGGUCAACCAGAUCAUUAACAACUGCAUCGACGCCCUCAAGCUGGACGCGGCCUCGUUCCUCGGGGGAGGCGGCGGCGGCGGCGGGGACCCCGAGCUGGCCUUCGAGUGCCAGUCCCUCCCUGCGGCCGCCGCCGCCGCCGCCGCCUCCUCGGCCGCCGCCCCCCCCGGGGCGCUGGAGCGGCCCAGCUUCCUGUCGCCCCCCUACAAGGAGAGCGUGCACCACCCGCUACAGCGCCAGCUGAGCGCCGACGCCGCCGUGGCGCGCAAGACCUGCAGCGUCUCGUCCAGCGGCUCCAUCAAGAGCGCCAAGGUCUUCAGCCUGGACGUGCCCGACCACCCGGCCGCCGCGGGGCUGGCCAAGGGCGACUCCAAGUACAUCGAGAAGGGCAGCCCCCUCAACAGCCCGCUGGACCGGCUCCCGCUGGUGCCCGCGGGCGGCGGGGGCGGCGGCGGCGGCGGCGGGGGCAGCGGCGGGGGCGGCGGGGUCCAUCACCUGGAGGUGAAGCCCGCCUACCACUGCAGCGAGCACCGGCACAGCUUCCCGGCCCUGUACUACGAGGAGGGCGCCGACAGCCUGAGCCAGCGCGUGUCCUUCCUCAAGCCGCUGACCCGCGCCAAGCGGGACUCCGCCUACUCCCAGCUCUCCCCCAGACACUACUACUCAGGGUACUCCUCCAGUCCUGAGUACUCCUCCGAGAGCACGCACAAGAUCUGGGAGCGCUUCCGGCCCUACAAGAAGCACCACCGGGAGGAGGUGUACGUGGCCGCCGGCCACGCCCUGCGCAAGAAGGUCCAGUUCGCCAAGGACGAGGACCUGCACGACAUCCUCGAUUACUGGAAAGGGGUCUCGGCCCAGCAGAAGCUGUGACCCUCUCCUUUCCCGAUUGGCAAAACUGAGAAGAGCAAGCCGGCGGAGCCAGUGGUGUGAGAAAGCAGAUUCCCGUUACAUUUGCAUGACGAUUUUACUGUAUUUUUCUGAGCAAACAUCUGUCGUGUAUGUGCCAGUUCGUCCGGACUCCCGGGCCCCCCUCCCUGCCGCCCCCCUCUUGCCCCCACUCCCUCUGUUGUGCUCUGACAAGCAGCUCUUGAAGCCUGGGGUGGGGCCACUUCUGCAAAAGACCCAAAGCAGGUGCCACCAAAACGCAGCCCCUGUCCCACACCCGUCUCCUGUCUUUCUGCGCGUGGGGCCCCACAAGUGCCGCCUCGCCCCUUGGGUCCCCAGUUUCAUGCCCUCGCCCCUGCCCCGCCUCCCUGCCCCGGCAGGGUAGCCCCAGGGAAGGGAGCGUGGGAGGACCUCUGUGUCCCACUUGCUGACAUUUUUGGGGGGGUGAAAGAGUUGGGGGCCCCCGGAGAGGGAGGGGCUGGGUGAUUUGGCCACCAGGUUGGGGGAGGGGGUCAGUCACACGGCUGAAUGCAGGGGCCUAAGAGCUCGGGGGGGGGGGGGCUUCGUGGGUGGCUUCAGAGGAGGCUUGGGGCCCUGAGGGAGGGACCCAGGGGAGCACCUGGGGCCCAGGGUUGGCCUGGCCUCCCUGGAGAGGGAGCGUCCCACGGUGUGGGGCGGGGCGGGGCGGUGGUUCCCAGCAGGACCCCCACCCUCGCCAUUUCCCCCAUCGUUCCUGGUUGAAGAGACCUGUAAAAACCUCAGACCAUCUCACUUCAGGGACCUUAAGGAUAGGUCCGCAUCUUAACAGCAAGGGUCUUGCCCUUCCCUCCAGGAGGUAAACCAGCCUUCACGGUCUAGAUGAUACCAAUCUUGGAGGCAGAAUAAGACUGGACUCGGGCCUCUGGCCUCCCAGCCAGGCUUGGGGCUUCAGCUGCUUUCCCUUGAUCUGGGAAAGGGGCCAGUGCGCUGUAGCACCCCCCUGGAAGCUCUCCUGCAUCUGUGUCCUGUGUCCGGUUCAGGAUAAUUCUUCCCCGGCGGGGAGCAAAAUAGCCACGGAAGACAAAUGCUCAUUUAUGUCAAAGAGUCCGGCCCGCUGACGCCCUGUGUUUGUAAUGGCCGUGAGCGCAGUGCACGUGGGCCACAGCCCGGGGCCACCGGCUAGCAGGGUGGGCAGCCAGGAGAGAAGGGAACGGGGCGGGCUACUGGGGAGACUGGCGGAGAUGUGGGUGCUUAGCCCUGGACCUCCUGGGGGAGGCCCCCUUGCCUUGGCUUGUGCCUGGGCUUGCUGUCCCUGUCAGAGAAUCUCCAGAGGAAACUCCUGGGUGCCUGUCCCCGGGGAGUGGUGUCAGUGGGUCUGUUUUCACCUGGAGGGCUGGCACCUUCUAGAGGCGAAAAGUGGAGGUCUGGAGGGGCAAAGAAACCCUUAGUCCUGCGUGACCCCUCCUCAGGGGGCCCGGGGCCUGCCCCUGCCUGCUGGAGGCCCCUCACCUCCGCACCCCUCCUAGGGGCCAGUGCCGGAGGACUGUGGAGGCUGCCCGUGUGCAGGCCUGGGGGAGGUGAUGGGGCUAUCUGCAGGGUGGUGGGAGUGGAAAGACCCACUUCCGAAGAAGAGGAGGCCUGCGUUAGCCCCAGAGAUGCAGGGGAGAGUCUGGGCCUGGCCGGCCGCAGGUCUCUAAGGUUCCCAACUGGGAGUAAGUCACCCGUCCCCACUCCUGGAAAUUUUCACAGAGUGGAAACAGAAGCUCAGGAAAGGGAAAGGAGGAAAUCUUCUAGGGUCUCAAAACCAGUUAGGGACAGGCUGAGUCCAAGAAGGGGCCCAGGCAUGGGGGACGAGUCACAGGUGCCGGCUUGUAAGGGGCUUACACGCAGAGAAGGGACAGCCACAAAACGUUCCCCGGGCAAGGGAUACUGUGAAGAGAAUGAAAACAGGGUGAUGGAAUGGAGAGGGGGGUUCGGGGCACCCCCGAGAGGCAAGCUCAGAGGACUAGUCCACCGGCCACGAAGACAAGGCCAGAGGGAGAGGGGGAGGAGGGGCUGGAUGUCCCCAAGCACCUCCUCAGGCGCCUCCACUAUGGGUCCCACCCCCUCCGAGGGAGCCUACCCUUCAGCAUCCCGCCCCGUUCCUGGCCAAGUGGGAGCGGGGGGGGGGGGGGCUGGGGGGGGUCUUUCUGGGUGGAAGCAGUGGGGGGGGUGUGACCCCCGAGGGGCAGGGCUGACUGACGCUGGCCCAGUGUGAAGGGUGGGGCUUGUCUGACCCCCAGUGCUCCUCCCCUCCCGCCCCCAGAUUUCCUCUCCCCAGUGCCCCCCCCCCAGGAGCUGCCGUGCUCCUUGUCUAUUCUGACCCUGUGUCCUUCCCCCUUGAAGACAGAACUAGUAUUUACACUUUUUGCCUCUCAUGCCUGCCCCAAAGGCCUCACUAAAGGUCCCUCACUGCUGCUGAGCAGUAGGGAGGGGAAGAGGGGGUCAAAGAGGGUGGGUGGGAAGCCUUGGGCCUCCCUUUCCUUUCCUUGCCCCUCGCCAAACAAGCACAGGGCUGGAUGGGGGCAGGGGGAUCCCUCCUCGCCGCCUGCCUCCCUCCUUCCCUCCCUCCCUCCGCAAGGAGCCGCCAGCCCCGUGGGCCCUGCGGCUUGGCACCUGGUUUGGGUACGGCAGGGGCUACCCUGGGCUACGAACCUGUGAACCCUAGCUGUGUGUGGACCUUUCCUUCCUCGGGGUGGGGCGGGGGCCCGAAACCUCUCCUUUUCUUCUUUUAGGGGGGGUACCUUCAUUUACUUUCUCUUCCCUCUACCUGCCUCUCCCCCCUCCCCGAUCUCCUGUUUUAAACUGAAUGGCACGAAAUUGUUUUCCUCAACUCGGAGAUUCCUGUAUGGAGAGAAUCAAUUUCUAUAUUUGCAAUAAAUUUCUUAUUUAAAACGA